AUGGCCAUGGACCGGAUCCCUGGUCUGAACAUCUACAUUGGAGGACUACAACCAAACGAAGAAACUUUUGCAUCUUACCAGCACCACCGCAUUGAAGUGGACGAUGUCGACGAUGAGAAUCUUCUGGAGCACUUCCCGUCCGCCGUUCAGUUCAUCCAGUCCGGCUUAGACGCCGGUGGAAGCGUUCUUGUUCAUUGUGCAAUGGGAAAGUCCCGCUCCGCCACCGUCUGCAUUGCUUAUAUGCUUCACCAACAAAGGGCAGCGUUAACGCCACAGGCAGCACUGGCCAUCAUCCGCGAGAGUCGACCUCUCUGUGAGCCGAAUGACGGGUUUAUGGAGCAGUUGACCGUCUACCGUGAGAUGGGCUGUCCAGACGACGUCACCGGCCACCCGCUGUACAGUCGGUGGCUGUAUCGCCGCGAAGUGGAGGAGAGUGUGGCAUGCGGGCGUGCGCCGGAGAUGAAGUCGGUGCUGUUCGAAGAUGAACAGCCGCUUCGGCCGCAAGGUCCUACUGAUCGAGCUACAGAGAUUAAAUGUCGCAAAUGCCGACGGACGUUGGCCACAACGCCGUUUGUUGUCCCCCACGGCCCACAGAAAGAUGCGCGGCCAUCGACAGACUGCGCACACGUCUUCCUACACCCACUGACGUGGAUGCGUCCGUGCCUCUUCCCCAACAGCGAUGGAGACUCGCAAGAACUGUCUCCCUACGGCUCCGACGCCCCCCUGUCCGGGCGACUGACUUGUCCCAAUACGACGUGCGGGUUCAACAUCGGCAAGUUUGCGUGGCAGGGCAUGCAAUGUAGCUGUGGCGACUGGGUCGUCCCGGCCAUCGGCCUCGCCAAAGCGCGGGUCGACAUCUCGACUCGCGUCAACGCAGGGCCCGGCGCCGGGCGGUUGCCUCCCGCCGCCUUGGGCAUUCGCCUCCCCCCGAGUAUGCGGACGAGUAACGUAGACGACGAUCAGACAGAAUCCGGCAGUGGACGGGGGAAUCUGUGA